UUAAUAUCGGUUUUCGAAUUUUCUUAAAUAUAUUUUGGCUGAUGCGAAUACAAAAUAAGAAAUUGAAACCGACCGGGAAAUGGCUGUCCGUCCGUCAGGUGACUCGCAGAAGGGAUAAUAAUUAAAUAAUUUCUUCAUUUAUAUUAUAAAAUGAAAUAAAAAAAAUAUUUCUUAUUACAUCAUAAUCACCAACACAAAAAAAGGUUAUAAUAAUUCCUCAUAAAAAAGACUACAUAUUAACUUGUUGCUUUAACGAGUUCGACAUAUUUUUACUCUGUAAUGUAAAGGUUUGAAUGCAUGUGUAAUUGUUAGUCGGAUAUCUACAGGAUUUUCCAAUAGUACCCUGUAUUAUGAGUAGUUAUUUGUUGUCAUUAAUUGUAUGCAUGUACUUUGUAGAAUACAUUCAAGAUCUCGCCCGAUUUUAUAUAUUUUUUUUAUUAAAUUAACUAAUCUGAACCAAUAUAAUAUACGUAUACCUACCAUAGUAGAAUAAAUAGUUCUUAAGGAUCAUAGUGGUACAUAAGUAAUAGGAUAAAUGUAACAAAAACACAAUUAUCGAACAAAAACAUAAGUCGUCGUAG